AUGUGCAGAUUUUUGGUUUAUAAGGGCUCCAAGCCUAUCAUACUUUCAAAGAUUGUCACAGAACCAUCUCACUCCUUACUAACACAAUCAUAUGAUUCUCGUCUACGACUGGAUGUUCGACGACCACAUAAUGGCGACGGAUUUGGUAUAGGCUGGUAUACGGAGCCAGAACUCGGACCGGAUCCUUGCAUCUUCACCUCCACAGUCCCAGCAUGGAACUGCAUCAACCUUGAGAGACUGGCCCCAAAGACACAUUCUCACCUCAUAUUCGCCCAUGUCAGGGCAACGACAGAAGGUAGUCUGGCCGAGAACAAUUGCCAUCCCUUUCAGCACAAUACACUGAUGUGGAUGCACAACGGUGGUAUCGGCGCCUGGCAGUAUGUCAAACGACCACUUGCUGCUUCCUUGGACGACAAGUGGUUCUUGGGAGUCAAAGGAGGCACAGACUCAGAGUGGGCAUUUGCGCUGUUCUUACAUGUUCUUGCUUCCGAAGAACAUGUCGACCCCUCAUCUACCCCUAAACACGGUUUUGGUGCAAAGGUUCUCAGACGAGUGAUGAAGAAGACGAUAGCACGCAUCAACGAGCUGAUUCGUACAUAUUUACCAUCAACGCUGACAUUAGAAGACGUUGAGACCAGGAGUCUACUCAACUUCGCAGUCACAGACGGCCACAGCGUGAUCGUGACUCGCUACGUCAGCUCCAAGACCGACGCAGCAGCAUCGCUCUACUACAGCUCCGGCACAGAUUGGGUCGAGGACCCAAAGCAAAAAGGUCAAUUUCAAAUGGAACGACGCGACAAAGCUUCGGACGUCGUGCUCGUGGCUAGUGAACCGCUGACCUUUGAACGACAUAAUUGGCUAGCAGUACCAACGAACACAAUAGUCACCAUCAGCGAUCAGACAGUAUUUGUCCAGCCAAUCAAGGACGAAUUCUACGACCCCGACCCUUCAGUCGAACGCAAUACAGGAUAUGCGAAGGAGAAAGGACUGAUGACUAAAGCACCCGGCGGGGCUGUCACUGCAGUGCCUACACCGAGCCGAACACCACAGCCAAGAGAUAGUCCGGAUUAUGUUGACGCUGACAAGGAGAAAGAGAGGCAGAAGACAUUGGAUACAUUGAGGUCGAGAAUGAUAAAUCCAGAUGUGAGAGGAACAUCGCCUUUGGCUGGUCCGAAUAGUGCUGCUAUGCAUGCGAUGCCGUCGAUCCAGUCAUUGAGCUUGUAG